GAACACUCCUCCGAUGAAUGAACCGGGAGCUUAUAACUUUUUUGAGUUAGGAGCAGAAACAACAUUCUGCACAAUGCUUCAAAAAAUGGCCAAAAAUUUUCUCUUCCUUUUCCUUAUCUCUUUGCUCUAUCCAGUUCUUCUUCCUGCCUUAGCCAGAAAUGUAGCGAAUGAGAGCACUGUUUCUACCAAAAUCUACAUAAUUCAGGUGCAGCCACCGCCAGAUUCCCAUACUACACAAUCAUGGUAUUCCUCUUUCGUCGUAGAAACCGUGUCUGCCUCUCCUCCCAUUCUCUACCAUUACAAGAGCAUCAGCGGCUUCGCAGCCCGCCUCUCCAAAGCUGAGCUUAAAGCUAUGAAAGAGAAGCCAGGUUUUCUUAGCGCCACAGCUGAUGUUCUCAUUCCUCUCGCAACAACUCACACACCCGAAUUUCUUGGUUUGCUGAGCUCACCUGAGGUUAACCCGGAUGGGCUUUGGAAGGAGUCCGACUAUGGUCGCGGCGUCAUCGUUGCAGUCCUCGAUUCCGGGGUGCUUCCUAACCAUCCAUCGUUUAAAGACAAUGGAAUGACUCCGCCGCCAGCGAAGUGGAAAGGGAAGUGUGAGUUCAAUGCGUCUGAAUGUAAUAACAAGCUUAUCGGGGCUAGGGUAUUUCUGAAAGGAGCACAGGAAAUCCUCAAUGACGCAUCGCCGCUGGACAUCGAAGGCCAUGGAACGCAUACGGCAAGCACCGCUGUCGGUAACUUUGUCGCCAAUGCCUCCGCCCUCGGCAACGCAGCCGGAGUAGCCGUCGGCAUGGCGCCAAAUGCUCAUCUAGCCGUCUACAAAGUAUGCAAGAAGUUGAAUUGUGCUGGGUCAGACAUACUCGCCGGAAUCGAUGCCGCCAUAGAGGAUGGAGCAGACGUUCUCUCGCUGUCCCUCGGCCCCACGUCGAUGUUGUUCGAUGUUGACCCACUCGCCGUCGGCGCCUUCGCGGCGGUUGAGAAGGGAUUAUUUGUAAGCUGCUCGGUGGGGAAUGCGGGACCCAAACCGAGUACUUUGUCCAACGAGGCGCCGUGGCUGUUGACCGUUGGGGCGAGCACGAUGGAUAGAGUGAUUCAGGCGAACGUAAAGCUCGGGAAUGGGGAGGAGUUUGAAGGAGAGUCUCUUUUUCAAACGAACUCGAUUGCAGGGGAAUUAUUGCCUUUGGUUUAUCCAGGUGGAUCAGGUAAUCUCGACGAAAAAUUCUGCGCAAACAACUCUUUCAACAUAGACGUAAAGGGAAAGAUCGUUAUAUGCGAUCGAAAGGACGGUGUUCCCCGAAUACAGCAAGGUGUCGCCGUCAAAAGUGCUGGCGGCACCGGCAUGAUUCUCGCUGCAGGAACAUUAGACGGCUACACAACUAUUUCUGAAGCUCACGUCAUCCCCAGUUCACAUGUUAGCUAUGCUGCUGCCACAAAGAUCAAAUCUUACAUAAACUCCACCGAUUCACCCAAGACUGCCACCAUCAUUCCUUAUGGUACCCUCAUUGGCCUUAGUAGCCACCCCGCGCCGAGGAUCCCCAGCUUCUCCUCCCGCGGUCCGUGUCUUCAAAGUAAGGGGAUACUAAAGCCAGAUAUCAUUGGUCCUGGCGUUAGCGUGCUUGCCGGGUGGCCAGCUCUACCAAUUGGCCCAGUCAACUCGCCGGCAAUUUUUAAUGUGAUUUCUGGGACGUCCAUGGCGACGCCCCAUUUAAGCGGGAUAGCUGCGUUGUUGAAAAAAGCUAACCCUUCUUGGUCGCCGGCGGCCAUCAGAUCGGCUAUCAUGACGACUGCCAGUAAUGAGAACACCGCCGGGCAACCGAUCCAAGAUGAGCAGUUGAAGAAUGCGGACCUGUUUGCUAGGGGAGCAGGCCAUGUCAACCCAAAUAAAGCGAACAAACCAGGCUUUGUUUAUGACAUAAAGCCCAUCGAGUACAUCGCAUAUAUGUGUGGUUUGAACUACAGCGAUGCUCAGGUAACUGCGGUGGCCCGUCGGAUAGUGAACUGUUCAACAUUAGAGCCAAUUUAUGAUGUGGAUCUGAACUAUCCGUCUUUCUCGGUAGAGAUGAGGCCAGAGUAUAGUAGAAAAGUAAGUAGAAAAGUUAAAAAUGUGGGAGAAGGGAGCUCAAGCUAUACGGUGGAGAUUGUUCCACCGUCUGGAGUAGCAGUGUCCGUAUCACCGACAUUGUUGAGUUUUUCAAAGAGUGGGGAAGAGUUGACAUAUACAGUUGAGUUUAACAGGGAUGGAAGAAACUCCACCGUGAAUUACGCAGAGGGUUAUCUCGUGUGGGUUUCUUCAGAUAAGAUUACUAAUGUUCGUAGUGCAAUUUCUAUUACAUUCACAGCAACAUGAUUGAUAUUAGAAGUUUAUUUU